AUGCUGAUUUUGGAUUUUUGUUUUGUUUUAGGUUUCCAUCAUUCUGCUUGGUUAUCAACGCAUGUCCCUGAAUCUUGUCUACUGAUAUUGUUAGGUAUACCUAUUGGCUACACCCUAAAAGCUAUUGGUGAUAAUGAAAAAUAUUUGACUUCUGAACUUUUCUUUUUUUACUUGUUACCACCGAUUAUUCUUGACGCAGGAUAUUUUAUGCCAUCAACAAUUUUUUAUUUGAACAUUGGGACAAUAUUACUUUAUGCUGUUUUGGGCACUCUCUUUAAUGCUUUUGCCACUGGUGCUUCAUUGUUUGCUGUGGCAAGCAUGUGUAAUGUUAAUUUAUCAAUAUUGCAUGCAUUAUUAUUUGGCUCUCUUAUUGCUGCUGUUGAUCCUGUUGCAGUUCUUGCUGUAUUUGAAGAGGUACAUGUGCACGAGUUACUUUAUAUGCUUGUCUUUGGAGAAUCUGUUUUAAAUGAUGCGGCCUCAGUUGUGUUAUAUCGAACGUUUGAGAGUUUAUCUAAAGGGAAGUUCAAUGCUGAACAGAUAGGACUUGCUUUUGCUUCUUUUAUUGUGGUAUCUUUGGGUGGUACUUUGAUUGGUGUAAUUUUUGCACUGCUUACAAGUUUAAUGACAAGGUUUACAGAGCAUGUCAGAGUUAUUGAACCAGCUUUUGUCUUUUUAAUGGCGUAUUUGUCAUACUUGACUGCUGAAAUGUUUCAUUUUUCUGGAAUAAUGAGUAUUCUUUUCUGUGGAUUAAUUAUGAAACCAUAUGUUGAAUCAAAUGUGUCAAGGAAAUCUCAUACAACUAUAAAAUAUUUUCUAAAAUUACUGAGUUCUUCAACUGAGGCACUUAUUUUUAUGCUGUUUGGUGUUGAGUUAGUUAUUUAUAAUCAUAAUUUUAAUAUGAAAUUUAUUUCAUUUACUCUUCUGUUCAUUACGAUAUACAGAGUUUUAGGAGUAACAUCGUUAACUGCAUUUGCAAAUAGGUGUGGUCGGUUAAACAAAGUAAAUGCUGUCGAACAGUUUAUUAUGAGUUAUGGUGGUUUGCGUGGAGCUGUGGCAUUUUGUUUGGCAGGUAUUAUUGAUGAUGAUAUCGACAAACAUAAAACAAAACAGUUGAUUGUUACAACAACCAUGAGUGUUGUUGUAUUUACUGUUUUUCUACAGGGAACAACAAUUAAACCAUUAGUGGAGUUUCUUGGCGUGAAAAAAGCUUCAAGUUUUGAAAAGUCUAUGCUUGAAACUGUAAAUGACAAGGUAAUUGGAUAUGUGGUGACUGGAUUUGAAGAAGUUAUUGGAAUGCAUGGUCAUGGAUAUUGGAGGGAUUUGUUUGAAGACUUCAAUCGCAAAUAUCUUCGAAGAUGGCUAGAGAGAGAUCCUGAUCUUGCAUUAGAUGAGCAAAUAUUUUUGACAGAAAGAAGGCUUGCCUUUAAGCAUGCUUUAGAAUAUGCCAAUAACCCAUCAAUGAUUUUUGAAAGAGAAAAUGACGGUCUUAAAUUAAAUGAAGUAAAGCGAAACGCAUCAUAUGCACUAGAACUGGCUAUGAAAGCUCAAUCAGGGUCUCAAGAUGACAUUGGAAUAUUAGAUCUCAAUAUCAUGGCAAUGCCAGAUAGAUAUAAAGGUAUACCUGAUUCAGAAUUACUGAAGCCUCACAUGAUUGCUGGUUUAGUUCCUAAACGCAAAAGAUCUUUGUAUUCAACCCAAAAGUAUUCUUUGGAUGAAGUUGAUGAAUGUUGUGAUCACACUGACAGAUAUCUUAAAAUAAAGCGAAAUGCAUUGGCUCAUAUGGCUGCUACAGCUCGUCAUCGUAAGCAUCGUAAAUCUCAUACAAAACACAAAAAAGGUCGAAGCAAAAACCAAAAUACUUUACCCGAUAUUUCUGAAGAAAAUAUCGAUAAAUCAAAGGAAAGUUGCUCUAAUGAUAAAUCUGAAAGCGAAAAUGACGAUGAAGAUUACGACGAAGAUGAAGGGUUAGUCUUUAAAGCAAUUAAUGAUAACAUCGAAGUAUCAAAAAUUUCAAAACCUGAUGAGUUUAAGAUUCCGAUUCCAGAUGAUUCUUUUGGAUCACUUAACUCGCCAAUCGUAAAUUAUUCUAAUAGUCCAGUAUUAGCAUGUAAAAACCUUGAACUAAAUCAAAAUUCAUCUGAACUAGUAAGAAAUUCCCAAUGGAAAUCAUACUUACAAGAUUGUAAGUUAUCAGUUAACAAUACUCUAGAUGAAGUGACAGUUUUAGAAGAAAGUAGAUUUUUAAUGCUACCAGAUCGUGAGUCAAAGUUUUAAAUACUCAUUAUUAAUAUUAUGGUUGUAUUAAAUUAUUGUUAUGGCUAUAUUAAAUUA